CCCCAGAUGAAGCCGUGCGGCAUCGGUGAAUCCCCAGCGCCCUCUCGCCGCCAACUCUCCAUCCUCUCAUUAUUGAAGCGAUUCCGAGAGUGGGGAGGUGCAGGGGAAGGAGAGAAAGGCAGAGCUCAAAAACACGCGGAGAAGAUAGAUAAAAAGAUUACUGUGAGUCAGGGAAGGGAGAGCUUUGGGGAGUGGCGGCGAUGAUAAAGGUCGCCAUAACCGCAUUGGUGGUGCUCUGUCUAUUGGCACAAUACUCUGCCGCCGCUGCUGCUGCUCCUGCCCAUGUGUCAACCAAGUUUAGGGAAGCCUCUCAAUUCUAUAACUCGCCAAGUUGUGCGGUUCUCGGCGGAGGUGGCGGUGAUGUCUGCGACGAUGGGCUGACCCAUAUCGCGAUGACACUGGAUGCAGAGUAUCUUCGUGGUUCCAUGGCUGCUAUCCUUUCUAUCGUCCAGCACUCUGCCUGUCCUGAAAACGUAGCUUUUCAUUUUAUUACCGCCGGUGAUGAGAACGAGGAGGCGGAGCUCCGCCGCGCGAUUACCUCUACGUUCCCCUACCUACGGUUCCGAGUGUACCAUUUCGACGCAGCGGUGGUGGCGGGUCGAAUCUCGGCGUCGAUCCGGCCGGCUCUGGACAGGCCUCUAAACUACGCGAGGAUCUACCUGGCGGGGCUGCUCCCCGCGUGCGUCUCCCGCGUCGUCUACCUCGACUCCGAUCUGGUUCUGGUGGACGACAUCGCCAAGUUGUGGGCGACGCCGCUCGGCGAGAGCUCCGUCCUGGCAGCGCCCGAAUACUGCAACGCCAACUUCACCAAUUACUUCACCCCGGCCUUCUGGUCCAGCCCAACGCUGUCCCUGACGUUCGCCGGCCGCAACGCCUGCUAUUUCAACACGGGAGUGAUGGUGAUCGACCUCCGGCGCUGGCGGGAGGGCGAAUACACGGCGCGGAUCGAGGAGUGGAUGGAGAUGCAGAAGCGUAUGAGGAUCUACGAGCUGGGGUCUCUGCCGCCCUUCCUGCUGGUGUUCGCGGGGCGGAUAGCGCCGGUGGAUCACCGGUGGAACCAGCACGGGCUGGGAGGGGACAACCUCAGGGGUCUGUGCCGGAAUCUACACCCCGGCCGGGUCAGCCUCCUACACUGGAGCGGGAAGGGGAAGCCGUGGGCGCGGCUCGACGCCAACAGGCCGUGCCCACUCGACGCGCUCUGGGCUCCCUACGAUCUCUUCCAAACCCCCUUCGUCUUGGACUCGUAGCCAUGAGCCACCGCUCGGCCGUCUGAGUUGAGGGUACUACUACUACUACUACUUUUUUUUUUUUUUUUUUUUUUCUGGGAAAUUUCUGCUUCUUUUUUUUUUCACAUAUUAACUUUUGAAACUCCAAAAUGAAAGGAAAUAUGGGGGACAAUAAACUUCUGUUUAAUAUGUAAAAAAAUGGAGAGAAGACCUCCGAGCUCAUGCGAGAGGCUUUCAUAUGUGUGUAUAUUCCAUUUUGGCCAUUGUUUACUGCAAGAGAAAGUUCCUGUAUUUUCCUUCCGCUUCUU